AACGCCACUAGCAAAGUAACUAGCUAGCUAACAGAUUCAUUCGGUUGAGAUUCAGAUACUUAGAAGCAGUCAUCAUGAGCAGCACGCAGCUCAACAGAUACCCGAUUAGCCUUAUAUGUAGCUUAUUGGCAAUCUUUUGGUUGAACGGGGCCGACUUUUAUGUGGCUGCCGUUGAGUAUUAUACAGAAAAGCCAUCGUUUUUGCCCUCAUGCCGAAUCUAUGAGCCGGGAUUUACGAAAUGCUCCACAAAUAGUAUACAAAAGUUAAUAGAACAGCUAAACAUAGGAAUACCGGAGAUUGUGGAGAAAUUUGGAACUUUUGAUCCGUUGCAUGCCAGAGACAUUAUUUUCAAGCAGGAUAACAACGAAGUGGCCACCAUAAGAGCCAAUCUAUCUCAAGUAGUGCUUCAGGGAUUCUCCCACAUAAAAAUUAAGGAAAGCCGAGUCAGCAAAAAAGACUUUGGUUGGCAGACUAAGAUCUUUAUACCCAAGCUGCGAUUGGAUGCCAAAUAUAAGAUGAAUGGUCGCAUUCUAUUGAUUCCGCUAAGUGGAUCAGGCGAUAUCUUUAUAGAGAUUGAGAACAUUGAUAUGCUGAUGCUGACCAAGACAGAGCUCUACGAGAAGGGAGGUUUUACUUUCGACAAUGUCACAGCUGUUCAGGUGAAACUAAAUAUGUCGCGAGUUCGCACCCAUCUGGACAAUCUUUUCAAUGGGCGCAGCAAGGAGGUGGAAAGAAGCACGAAUCAGUUCUUUAAUGACAAUUGGCGUGAUUUCUAUGAAGCAUUGAAACCGCUGAUCGUCGACACAGUACAAAGCAUACUCAAGGAUAUUAUGUCUUCGGUAUUCCAUCUGAUACCAGCUAACUUCUUUGUCGAAGAUAUUCCCACACCACAACAAUUAUAUGGACGAGUAGCUCAGUAAUCAAUGAUUACUUCUUUCUGCAUUUAGCAGAAAAUUUCCGACAGUCAAAAAUUCAAAAUUUUGGUCUCGGUAUCACAAAAAAUGUAUCGUUCAAAUGUUGUGAUACUGGAAACUUUAACUUAACGCAAACAACAGUUUUCGUGUUAUUCUGUGCUUGUUUUCUUGUCUUGGCUAAAAUAAAUAUAUAUUUGGCAAAAUAAAUCCAUAUGUGCUUAA